UAGCAUGUCGUAUUUCUCUUUACGAACUUCUCCCAGCUCAAACGCUUAUACAGUCUAUGAAGACGUAGGUAGGUACAAGUAUUGGACGAUAUACGUUGCGAGCACCUAACAUGAUAGGUACCUAGGUACGUUAGGUACUUAUCGACAGAGGAAGGUGCGGCUAGGUUGGUUUUAAAAUAUGGCCCACCUGUACGUAGUUUGAUACGCAACUUUUUCCUCUCCUCAUGUUUUUUGUAUGUUGUCGUCUACUUCACCUCGACGACAAUUGCAGCAAUUACGAUACCUACCGCACAAUAGACUUGCCGUAAGUCGAGCAUUAUGGAUUCCGAUGAUUUGCGUCCCGUCGUCUGCGCCGAGUUACCCGUUUGCGGGCGACUUGCUAAGGAGAUUGUACAAGGCCUGGACAACGGCGACACGCUAGAAAUGCUGUUUCCCCUCGUCGUAGACAUGGCGAGGGAGUGGCGCAACCAAAACGCCAUCCCCAGCAGCAGAACCAUCAGCGCUUUAGAAGAUGAAGCUCAGCUUCGCCUCUUGUUCCAUACCUUUAAUCGGAAGACGCUAAGAUCCCUGCUCCUAGGCACGCUGCCCCACGAUUUAUAUGACAAGAACUCGCCCAACUGGGAAAAUAUUUAUAGCCAAGACGGACCCGGAAUCUACGUAGUAACCGUCUCGAUCGAAGACCGCCGCGGAGCCUUUUUGAGCCGCAACGAGAUCGAGAAGCUCGUCCGUGGCCUGCGAGACUACAAAGCCGACUGGGGGGCCUGGUGCGAAAUAGAAAGAGAGGGCUCGUUUAGCCAAGACGACCUAUCCCGCGCGCGAGAGUCGGCCCUGCGAAAAGCCCUCACCAUCGACAACGUGAUGCUUUUCGACGAAGAAAACAACCUGGACGAGCUCAUAGCCAUGCUCGGCAGACGCAUGAACGCAAACUUUGACGGAGAAGUCCAUCAACUCUCAUGUCCUCUUUACGUCGAGUGCGGCCGUCGAGUUCCUUCGAAGUCGCUGCAGCACAAUCCCGACUACAGCAACAUGUCGCAGUCACCCGACACCCUGAAGCUGCUAGUAUCUUGCAUACAAUACAUAGGGCUCAAGCCGAUCAUGCACACUAUCCCUAUGGUCAUGGCGUGGGAGCAAUCUCAGAUACCGCUAGCCGAGAUGCUGGUAACGGUGCUUGCCCAGUCCCUAAUUACCAUCAACGGGCUCAACGAUGGGCAGCCCGGGACAUCGUCGACAUUAAGCGACGACGACGAAGAUUUCAUGACCAACGUCGAGGAAACCCUAGCUAUCCGAACGAAUAGGGAUAUUUAUUUAAGGACCCUCGAAACGCUCAGAACCUCCUUCAUGUCCGACGACGAGUCCUGGGCAGGUCUGGCAGAAAUCCAGGCGUUGAAGAAGAAGGUCGAGGAAUAUCACGCCAAAAUCCACGACAUGAUCGCCGAGCGCAGGGUGGAAGAAGAGAGGGUGAAACAAAGACUGGCCGAGUUGGACAGCUUCUUCCAGGCCGAGAAAGGCAUAUUUCCGACUUGUCCUCGGACGAAGAAGACAACGACGACGACAACGACGACGACAACAACAACAACGAGCGAAGAAACACUGUAAGCGAUUCUAACGAGGACGUCGCCGACUUGCUUGACGUGUAAGAAUAUAGCAAAGGCUGGUAGUUUGUAUUUUGGCACUCGUAUUUCUUGCUGCCCAUAUUGCUGUUAAUAUCUCUUGCUGUCAAUAUUUUGCCAUAGAGUAGCAUAGCUUUGCGUAAUACUU